AUAAACCCAUCAGACCCCUAUAAACCAUUAGGUCUCUAACGUUCCACCAAACAAAAAGGCCAUGAAGCUCACUUCUCUCUUCCCUCUCCUCUUUCUCGUCCCUCUCUUAACCUCAUGCGCUGAGAAGAAACAGGUGUAUAUAGUCUAUUUUGGAGAGCAUAAAGGUGAUAAAGCUCUAAAAGAAAUUGAAGAACAUCACCAUUCUUAUCUUCAAUCGGUUAAAGAAUCUGAAGAAGACGCCAAAUCAUCGCUAUUGUAUAGCUACAAACAUAGCAUCAAUGGCUUCGCAGCUGAGCUAACCCCUGAUGAAGCCUCUAAACUAGAAAAGUUAGACGAGGUUGUUUCGGUUAUCGAGAGCCAUCCAAGAAAAUAUGAAACGCAUACGACACGGUCGUGGGAAUUUGUAGGAUUGGAGGAGGAGGAAACCGAUGAAGAUGAUGUUCCACGUCAAAAAAUCGAUGUGGAUGAUGAUCGGUUUCGUGUCGGAAGAAAGUUUUUGAAGCAGGCAAAGCAUGGAGAUGGUAUCAUUGUUGGUGUUCUCGACAGUGGAGUGUGGCCAGAAUCAAAGAGCUUCAGUGACAAAGGAAUGGGGCCCAUUCCAAAAUCAUGGAAAGGAAUCUGCCAAACCGGAUUUGCCUUCAACUCUUCUCACUGCAACCGGAAAAUUAUUGGAGCGAGGUAUUACGUAAAAGGAUACGAAAAAUAUUACGGACCGUUCAACGUUACAGCAAACAAAGACUUCUUAUCUCCACGAGAUCCUGACGGGCAUGGAUCCCACACAGCCUCUACCGCUGUUGGCCGCCGAGUCAUCGGUGCAUCCGCACUGGGCGGUUUUGCCAUGGGCUCGGCUUCGGGUGGUGCACCAUUAGCUCGUUUAGCUGUCUACAAAGCCUGUUGGGCCAAGCCCAACCAAGAGAAAGUGGAUGGAAACGUAUGUCUACAAGAAGACAUGCUUGCGGCGAUUGAUGACGCGAUCGCUGAUGGCGUUCACGUCAUUAGCAUUUCGAUCGGGACUACCGAGCCGUAUCCGUAUUCGCAAGAUGGAAUCGCGAUAGGAGCGUUGCAUGCGGUUAAAAGAAAUAUUGUGGUUGCGGCUAGCGCGGGGAACUCAGGACCGAAACCGGGGACUUUGUCGAAUCCGGCGCCGUGGAUUAUCACUGUCGGGGCUAGUACUCUUGAUCGGGCUUUUCUCGGCGGUCUUGUUCUUGGUAAUGGCUAUACAGUCAAGACGGACUCGAUAACGGCGUUUAAAAUGGACAAAUUUGCCCCUCUAGUUUACGCAGCAAACGUGGUCGUCCCUGGCAUUGCAUUGAACGACACAUCGCAAUGUUUGCCGAAUUCACUAAAACCGGAGCUUGUGAACGGUAAAGUGGUUUUAUGUUUAAGAGGAGCCGGUUCAAGAAUCGGUAAAGGUUUAGAGGUAAAACGAGCCGGAGGAGUCGGUAUGAUUCUCGGGAAUUCUUUGGCUAACGGCAAUGAAACUCCGUCGGAUUCUCACUUUGUUGCAACUGCCGCUGUUACCCCCAUGGUGGUCGAGAAAAUUCUCGACUACAUUAAAACCGAUAAAAACCCGAUAGCUUUUAUCAAACCGGGGACAACGGUUUACAAAAACCAACCAGCUCCGUUAAUGACCGGGUUUUCUAGCCGUGGCCCGAACGUGAUAGACCCCAACAUACUAAAGCCAGAUAUUACCGCGCCUGGACUGAACAUACUAGCUGCAUGGAGCGGUGCGGAUCCACCGAGCAAAGUUUCGAUAGAUCAAAGAGUUGCUGAUUUUAACAUUUACUCAGGAACUUCUAUGUCUUGUCCACAUGUUUCUGGUGCAAUUGCUCUUCUCAAAUCUAUUCAUCCCAAAUGGAGUAGUGCUGCUAUAAGAUCUGCUCUUAUGACCACUGCUUGGAUGACCAAUGAUGAGAAGAAACCGAUUCAAGACAAUAAUGGUUUACCCGCAAACCCGUUUGCGCUUGGUUCUGGACAUUUCAGACCAGCAAAAGCUGCAGAUCCCGGUUUAGUCUACGACGCAUCAUACCGAGCUUACCUUCUCUAUGGUUGCUCAGUUGGUUUCACCAAUAUCGACCCGACAUUUAAAUGUCCAAGCAAAAUCCCUCCCGGUUAUAAUCUCAAUUACCCAUCAAUCGCGAUCCCGAAUCUUAACCGGACGGUGACCGUUAAAAGAACGGUAACAAAUGUUGGAGAUGGUAACUCAACAAGCACAUAUAAAUUCAGCUCUAAAUAUCCACAUGGUGUCUCGGUCAAGGCUAAACCGAGUGUGCUGACAUUUAACCGGUUUGGUGAAAAGAAACGGUUUAAAAUCGUGGUCACGGCACGAAAGGACAAGAUGAUGAAUGCGACUGAAAAGGGUCAGUACCAAUUUGGAUGGUUUAGUUGGACUGAUAACUUCCAUGUUGUUAGGAGUCCGAUUGCUGUUUCUUUAGCUUGAUUUGUUGUUUUCGGGCUAUUUUAGUUAGUUUGGAUUUUAGAGGUGUUAAUCUAAAGAAAAAUCGAAGAUGUUUUUAUUAUCACUCUACGGAGUUCAAAUUUAAAGAAGUAUUAUUGUCGUUAUUACUUGUGAAGAUGUACGAAGAAAUUGCAAUAAGAAAUUACGUAUUAGCAUG